AUGAAGAUCACUUUGGAACCAGGAGCAGACACACUUGAUUUCCCUCCAUGCACAAUUGAGAUUGGCCCAAAUAACGAAGUUGAGCACCUAUUAUCUUUACUAACUACUCGAUACAAUACAUUAGACCCUACAACCUUAGUUCUAUACCUUGGAGAUCAUCCAUUGAGAGAAAGUCUUACUGUAAUCCAAGCUGGAAUAAAAGACAAUGAAAAAAUUAGUGUCAAGCCAAAGAGAACUAAAUGUUGUGUGUUAUUAUAA